ACAAACCCAUCCUUUCUUUUUCCAAACCCAACAAAACUUUUCCCUCAAAAACUUCUGUAUUGUACGUGUUCGUUGCUUAGUGGUUGAACUAGUUAAGAGAGAUGCUUCACAACAUCAUCAACGCCAUCACCGGAGACGAUGAUGGGAACAGAAAGAUGAAACGUGAGACGGCGGCCGGAGAGCACAGGAAGAUUGAAGGCACGGUGGUGUUGAUGAAGAAGAAUGUUUUGGACUUCAACGACUUUAAUGCAUCGAUUCUUGAUCGUGUCCAUGAGUUGUUAGGCAAGAGGGUUUCUUUGCAGCUCAUUAGUGCUGUUAAUGCUGACCCAGCUGCAAAUGGGUUGCAAGGGAAACUUGGAAAUCCAGCAUACUUGGAAGACUGGAUAAGCACAAUCGCCCCAUUGAUAGCGGGGGAGACAGCAUUCAAGGUUAACUUUGACUGGGACGAGGAUAUAGCAAUUCCAGGAGCAUUCUUAGUAAGAAACAAUCAUCACAGUGAAUUCUACCUCAAAAGUCUCACCCUCGAAGAUGUUCCAGGAGAAGGACGGAUCCAUUUUGUCUGCAACUCAUGGGUUUACCCUGCAGACCAAUACAAAAACGACCGUGUUUUCUUCUCCAACAAGACAUUUCUUCCAAGUGAAACACCGGCGCCACUGCUAAAGUACAGAGAAGAAGAGCUUGUGAACUUGAGAGGAGAUGGAACAGGGGAGCUUCAGGAAUGGGAUAGGGUCUACGACUAUGCUUACUACAACGAUCUGGGAAAUCCCGAUAAGAACGCUAAAUAUGCCCGUCCGGUUCUUGGAGGGUCUAGCGAGUACCCUUACCCCCGUCGGGGAAGAACUGGACGACCACCGAUGGAGAAAGAUCCUAACAGUGAGAGCAGAGUGAAGCUUCUUAUGAGCUUAAACAUUUAUGUUCCAAGAGAUGAGCGUUUUGGUCACUUGAAGAUGUCAGACUUCCUUGCUUAUGCACUGAAAGCCGUAGCUCAGUUCCUUAAACCUGAGCUGGAAUCUCUAUUUGACAGCACUCCUAGUGAGUUUGACAGCUUUCAAGAUGUACUUAAUCUCUAUGAAGGAGGAAUUAAGCUACCUGAUGGCUUACUUGAGAAUAUCAGGGAAGACAUUCCAGCCGAGAUGCUCAGGGAAAUUUUCCCAACCGAUGGUGAAGGACUCCUCAAAUAUCCAAUGCCCCAAGUGAUUAAAGAGGAUAGGUCUGCAUGGAGGACUGAUGAAGAGUUUGCAAGAGAGAUGCUGGCUGGAGUAAACCCUGUCGACAUUCGUCGUCUUGAAGAAUUUCCACCAGCAAGCAAGCUAGAUCCUAAAGUAUAUGGUGAUCAGGCCAGUACAAUAACCAAACAACACAUUGAAAAUAACAUAGAUGGGCUCAGCAUAGAUGAGGCAAUCAACAAGAAGAAGCUAUUCAUACUAGAUCACCAUGAUGCGAUCAUGCCGUAUCUGAGGCGAAUAAACUCAACUUCUACAAAGACGUAUGCCAGCAGGACAAUCCUUUUCUUGAAGAGUGAUGGGACUUUGAAGCCAUUGGUGAUUGAAUUAAGCUUGCCCCAUCCGGAAGGAGAUCAAUUUGGUGCCAUUAGCAAAGUGUUCACACCAGCUGAAGAAGGUGUUGAAAGUUCCAUUUGGCAAUUGGCAAAAGCUUAUGUGGCUGUAAACGACUCUGGCUAUCAUCAGCUCAUUAGCCACUGGUUAAAUACCCAUGCAGCGAUUGAGCCAUUUGUGAUAGCAACAAAUAGACAACUGAGCGUGCUUCACCCAAUUCACAAGCUUCUGCAUCCUCACUUCCGUGAUACCAUGAAUAUAAAUGCAUUUGCUCGGCAGAUCCUCAUCAAUGCCGGUGGGGUUCUGGAGGCGACAGUUUUUCCAGCAAAGUAUUCCAUGGAGAUGUCAUCAGUAGUUUAUAAGAACUGGGUUUUUCCUGAGCAAGCACUUCCUGCAGAUCUCAUCAAGAGGGGAAUGGCAGUCGAGGAUUCAAACUCCCCACAUGGUCUUCGCCUACUGAUCGAGGACUAUCCAUAUGCUGUUGAUGGGUUGGAAAUCUGGUCAGCAAUCAAAACAUGGGUCGAAGACUACUGCUCCUACUAUUACAAGAGUGAUGACAUUGUACAAAAUGACUCUGAACUGCAGUCUUGGUGGAAGGAACUUAGAGAGGAGGGUCAUGGUGACAAGAAAGAUGAGCCCUGGUGGCCUAAAAUGCAAACGCGUGAAGAGCUUGUAGAAACAUGCACUAUCAUCAUAUGGAUUGCUUCUGCGCUCCACGCUGCUGUCAAUUUUGGACAGUACCCUUAUGCAGGCUACCUCCCAAACCGACCAACAAUCAGCCGUCGGUUCAUGCCUGAAAAAGGCACUCCUGAAUAUGAUGAACUCAAGUCAAACCCUGAUAAGGUUUACUUGAAAACAAUUACUGCCCAACUUCAGACACUUCUUGGGGUUUCCCUCAUUGAGAUUUUGUCAAGGCAUUCUUCCGAUGAGGUGUAUCUCGGGCAAAGAGAUACUCCUGAAUGGACGGUGGAUCCAAAUCCAUUGGAAGCCUUUGAGAGAUUCGGACAGACACUGGCUGGAAUUGAGGAUAAAAUUAUAAAAAAGAACAAUGACAAGAAAUGGAAAAACCGAGUUGGACCAGUCAAGGUGCCAUAUACUUUGCUCUAUCCCACUAGUGAAGGUGGAAUUACUGGCAAGGGCAUUCCCAAUAGUGUCUCAAUCUAAAACUUUGCUUCUCUAUUGGAUUGUUAUUAGUUUUCCACCAAAGCUUUUCUAUCUUUCUCCUUUCUUUUUUUUUUUUUUCUUUCGUCUACUUUUGCUAUAAUAAGUUUCUACUAAAUAAAGACAUGCAUGUAUUGUUGGGAAAUCUCUCGAGUGACUGAGUAGUUUCAAUUUGAGUAAUUGCUUGUUGUAAUUUCUUUGAAGUAUGAAGGGAUUUUAUGUCCUUGCA